GGCAUGGCGGUGGACCUGAGCAUGCUGAGGGGCGAGGCAUUGAGAGAGGAAAUCGGCGGAGAGGAUAUGUUGCGCCACUUGCCGGCCGCGGCGAUGCCGACCGACCCGGCCGCACGCUUCGCGGCGCUGUUUGCCGUAAAGCCGCGAUGGGAGCUGCCGGACCUAGAGCCGUACCUGGCCGACCUGCAGGUGCCGGGCCGCUCAGCGGAGUUCCUGCUGCUGACAUAUGCGCGUGCCAGCCAGGACAGCCCAUCUGCGCCGCUCGUCUACAGUGCGCGCUAGCUGCAUGUGCCAGAUUGGACGAAGCCAAAGAAGCCAAGGGUGUCCUUGGCAAGUAUCAACAUUGCUACAUGGAUAAGUCUGUUUCUGCCGGGGAAUGAGAAGAAGCAACAAUGCCAUCAGCUGAGAGUCAUGCUCAACCAGCUGCACAGAUAUGGUGGGCAUAUGUGCAAAGCAUCAAUCUUUGCCCUCUAUCCUUUUUUUAUUAUAAUAUGACCUCUGCAUACCGUACUAUUUUGGGCAAGGUUUAUCUUUUGCCAGGUCCACUUGGCAGUAUGCACCGCCACUUACUUAUGACAACCCCUUGCCUGUCCAAUUAUUGCAUUGCAGUGCUGAUUCUCUUAUUAUUAGGAACAAAAAAUCCCCCAUUGUUGCAGGUUCAUUUAUUGCAGCCUCACCUUGCCACUGCCUCAGGCAGGGCCUCUGGCAGGGCCUCUGGCAGGAAUAGCGCGCUAGCAUGUAAUCAUAAGACUCUAUU